AUGGGUAAGAAGAACACCAAAGGUGGUAAAAAAGGUAGAAGAGGUAAGAAUGAUACCGAUGGUCCAAAGCGUGAACUGAUCUAUAAGGAAGAGGGCCAAGAAUAUGCCCAAAUCACCAAGAUGCUUGGUAAUGGAAGAGUUGAAGCGUCUUGUUUUGAUGGGAUCAAGAGAAUGGCGCACAUCAGAGGUAAAUUGAGGAAAAGAGUGUGGAUGGGUCAAGGUGACAUCAUUUUGGUUUCUUUGAGAGAUUUCCAAGACGAUCAGUGUGAUGUUGUGCAUAAGUAUAAUUUGGACGAAGCUAGAACGCUGAAAAACCAAGGUGAACUACCAGAAAACGCCAAGAUUAACGAAACGGACAACUUUGGGUUCGAGUCUGAUGAAGACGUCAACUUUGAAUUUGGCCACGCCGAUGAGGAAAGCGACGAAGAGAGCGAGGAUGACUUCGACAUUGAUGACAUUUGA